UGGUAACCAGUGAGUGAGUGAUGAGAGCAGUGAACCAGAUGGUCACCCGGUUAGCCAGACUGCUAACCACAAACCAAGAGUUUUACUGUAACGCCAUCGAAAAAAUGGAUGAUAUUGAAAACUGACAUAACGUGGAGCUGCUUUUUACUUUACCUCAGGUUGCUGUGUCACUCAGUGGGUCUUUGCCAAGAAGUUGCCACAUGCUUUGAGCCCGACCUGCCCAGGAAGUGCACUUUCCUGCACACACACACACACAGAAACACAGACAAAGACUUCUGCAGAGUCACUCUUAUCUUACACAAUCCAAAUACUGCAAGGACACACACACUGACCAGCCAUAGUAAACAAGGUGACAGACCUAUUCGAACCCUUCCCACAGCUUACCACAAACACAGCUACUGGAAACCGCAACACACAUAUAACCACCCCCCUUCCCCGACCUCUCUCGCAUGCUCCUCCCUUCGACAAACCUCUGGAGCUACUGUACGCAGAACUUCUCUGCUCUUUCUGAAUUUUGAAUCUUCAAGAGAGGAACGCCAUUGCUCUCCUACUGAGCUCCUGAGCCGUGCCACUGGGGACAUGUCAGCAUGAUGGCCACAGGACAAAACGCAUGGAAUAUAUUUUUACCACAUCAAUUUGUUUUGACAUAUUAAUGUCAUUAUAAUGAUGAUUCCUGCUUCCUCCUCAAUCAUUUGCAAUUCUUUGGCUAUGAACCCAGAAGGUGGUGACCAGCAGCGAUGCUCUCUUAUUAUUUUUUUCUGGAUAUCUUUGGAUUAAAAAACCAUGGACAUUACAUGUUCUAUUAGCAUAUAAUAACAGUACAUUUCCACUUACAUAUAUUCAAAAUAGUAGCAAUAAGUGCUAUACACUGAUAUAUACCAAGCAAAGUAAACCCAUCACCAGACUGUAAUGGAAGGAGAAGCAGAGGAGAGGGAGGCUUCUGGUCUUCCGGAGAAGAGGAAACUCAAGGAAGAAGCAGAAGAGAGUGAGAGCGAGAAGGAGGUGGAGGAAGAGGUCAGAGGUAUGCACAUCCCUCUGCAUCGCUGGGUAAUGCACGGGUCGGUGAUGUUUGGACGCGAAUUCUGCUACGCCAUGGAAACAGCCCUGGUGGCGCCAUUGCUGCUGCAGAUAGGUCUCCCUGAGCAAUAUUACAGUUUAACCUGGUUCGUCAGUCCUAUCCUGGGUCUCCUCUUCACUCCUGUGAUUGGUUCAGCUAGUGACCGGUGCACUCUGCGAUGGGGCCGGAGAAGACCAUUCAUCCUGGCCCUGUGUGUAGGUGUGCUGCUGGGAGUUGCGCUGUUCUUAAAUGGAUCAUCAAUAGGCCUUUCCAUUGGCGAUAGUCCCGGCAGCCAGCCAAUAGGCAUCGUCCUCACUAUGGUAGGUGUGGUGGUGCUGGACUUCUCCGCUGAUGCCUCCGAGGGGCCAAUCAGAGCUUACCUUCUUGAUGUUGCGGACACUGACGAGCAAGAUAUGGCCCUGAAUAUUCAUGCCUUCUCUGCUGGGCUCGGCGGAGCAGUGGGCUACAUGCUGGGUGGUCUAGACUGGACCGGCACAGCUCUGGGCCGAGCAUUUAAAACACAGGAACAGGUCCUCUUCCUGUUCGCAGGCAUCAUCUUCAUCAUCUCUGUCACACUGCACAUGCUCAGUAUCCCCGAGCAACCUUUCGCUCCUUCCAACCAGCUUAAAGUCACGGGAAGUGGGGAGUCUACCAGCCAAGUAUCUUUCAAGCCCAUAAGCCACACGCCACCUUUACUUGAUGUGACUGCAGAGGAGGACGCUUCUGCCCGAGCCCCGUCCCGAGAGGACAACAAAUUAGAUCCAGAGGAGGGGGAAAUGGACUUCCUUGCUGUGGAGCGAGCGCGGAGUAAAAGCGAUUCAGUCUUAGCCAUGCCAGAUGCUACAAUCAGGUUGGAUUCUGACCUCGACCCAGACGCAUACCUUAUCCUGCCAGAUGUGCAUCACUUUCUACCAGAAACGCAGGGAGAGCUAGAAGAUGUUUUUAAGCCAUCAGACCACAUUAUUGGGUCUUCGUCUCCUUCUGGUGGACCACCCGGUCUUACUGAUGGGAUGGUGGUCUUAGAGAAUACAAAUCCAGCUUGGCCUGAACUUAAGGGUCCAACAAACGGUCCUCCUCCUCUCCUUCAGAUCAGGUCUGGCUUAAAGGACUCACAUCUGAAAACACAGCAGGUCAAGGCUGUCAAUGGUGUCAAAGUGUCUGACCACGCCAACGCAAUGAAAGGCCACGCCUCCACCAGGCUGCUGAACCGCCCCUCCAACACCGCCGUUUCACCACGACCACACCGGCACACCUUCUACAGACAGCCCUCCUUCACUUUCUCCUACUACGGACGAGUGGGAUCACAGCGCCAUCGACUGCGAAGGGGAGCAAUAUCAAGCCUUUGGCCAGUUACCACCUCCCGCAGUCUGAAUGACCUGAGUAAACUCCAGCGGGGUGCGGACCGGCGGGAGUUUCAGCUGUCAGUUAGCAGUCUGUCAUCUGAGGGCUCCAGCAGUGAGGGAGGACCAGACGAGGGUACAACUGUUCGCCUGCUCUGGUUAUCCAUGUUUAAGAUGCCGAGGCAGCUGUGGAGAUUGUGUGUGUGUCACCUCCUCACAUGGUUCUCCAUUAUAGCUGAAGCUGUGUUUUACACCGAUUUCAUGGGACAAGUCAUCUACCACGGAGACCCCAAGGCACCAGCCAAUUCCACAGAGCUACUAAACUAUCACAGAGGAGUACAGAUGGGCUGCCGGGGACUGGUGGUCUAUGCUGCUACUGCUGCUGUCUGCUCCGCAAUCCUUCAGAAGUACCUGGAUAACUUUGAUCUGAGCAUUAAGAUUGUCUACAUUGUUGGAACGCUGGGAUUCUCAAUAGGAAUGGCUGUCAUGGCGAUCUUCCCGAAUGUUUAUGUUGCCAUGGUGAUGAUCAGUAGCAUGGGCAUCAUCUCCAUGAGUAUCUCUUAUUGUCCCUAUGCAUUACUCGGGCAGUACCAUGAAAUCAAAGAGUACAUUCACCACAGUCCAGCAAACACUAGAAGAGGUUUUGGUAUCGACUGCGCCAUCUUAUCCUGCCAGGUCUAUAUCAGCCAGUUUAUGGUUGCGGCAGCCCUAGGAACCGUGGUGGACGCAGUUGGCAGUGUGCGUGUCAUUCCUGCAUUGGCCUCUGGGGGCGCCUUCCUCGGCUUCCUAACUGCCUGUUUCCUUGUCAUUUAUCCUGACGUGGAGCCCAUGAGGUCAGAGCAGGACCAGGACUUAGUGGUGGGAUUUCCUGGAGAUUCAGACCCAAAUGGAGGAGGGACCAUUGACCAGAGGUUGGCUCUGAUGAGCCUCACAGACAGAGAUAGUUUGAAGAAGACAGAGGAUCACUCUGUUGCCUGAGGUUUCUCCUCACUAAGCACAAGCCACACAGAAUGUGGGGAUUGCACCAAAUGUCUGUGCCUUUCUGAAGGAAGAAAGACGACGAAAGAGGGAAAUCAUGGCAGAAGGUUGACUCCCAUCUACAGAAAAUCUGGGUGGGAUGGAUUUGGAUAGAUUAUCUUUGUGGAGUAAAGGACUGACGAGAAGAAACAAUCUCAGUAUUGGGCUGCUAUGCUUGUCUUAUUGCUACCUCAACCCUAAAACGAACAAAAGUUUAGAUGGAUAGAAGUAAGCCAUUAAAACACAAAGAGCCACAUGACACUGACUGUCGAAACUUACUUAGCGCAGACUACUGAAACAAAUGUAAGCCUUUUAUUGUGAAAAACACAAAUGGGAAGCACACAGAGCACUUUCUGUCUCACUCCUGAACAGUAUUGUCACACUGAUGCUGCAGAAUGACGUAAUGUGUGAUAUUUUACCUCACAGUAGCUGCUCCAUUACUGCUUAAUGGACAAUCAUAGUGCUGUAAAAGUGUGUAUACCUCUGCAUUACAUGUAGACUGAAUACAGAUGUUAAUAUUUGUUCCAGUCUGUUAAUGGAAUACCUCGAUAUUAUAUUGUUAUUUUAUAAAUGCCAGAAAGUUUCCAAACAAGCCUGUUGCAUAUGUAACAAAUUCAUACACUUUUUUUUUUUAAUUCACAUUUGUGGUGAUGGAACCUGUUAUAUACAGCAAGCUAGUGUGCAGUUAGAAGUGGCCUUUAUGAUGAUUUUUUCUUGCCUGUACAGAAACACAAAAUUCUGAAUGCCAUAUUCUCUUUUCAUGCCACGAUACACAAGAAACAUUUCAUCAUAAUGUAGUUAAGAAAUUAAGCCAGCAGCUGUGACAAUGAAUGGAUCUGUAAUCCACAUUGCUUUUAUUCAAAUUACCAUGGUGUUGGGCUUCAGUGUGAUUUGUAUUGCAGGGUGGCAUUUGUUUUGCUUUCUAUUGGGGGAAAAAAGUGUUUUGAAAUAUACAUUCCAAAUAGAGUUGAAAUGGGAAAUAUGUUCAUCAUGGCACAUUUGUCAUAUCCAGUCAGUAAAAAAAAAUAUAUAUAAUUUGGAUAGAAAUGCUGUCAGUGAUUGCAAUUUCUGUCGGUUUAGUGUGCCGUGCUGACGGACGUUAAUCUUUGUCCUGAUGUACAGAAAGGACAAAUAAGAAAAUGAAUAGCUUCAGUUUACAUCAGAAUAACAAACGUGAGAGGUAGCAGAGAGUCUGUGGAGGAUUACUUUGAACAUUGAGCAGCAUGCAAGAUAAUGUUUAGCCUAGUCCUACCACACUUUAACAUAUUGGCAGAGAGCAGUGUACACAGUGUAAUAAGCUACAGACUUAUGCAAAAUCUUAAUUGAACAGUCUCUGAUGGUCUUUGAAGGCACAUCUUCAGUAGAACCUCUUGAAUAUGGGAGUGAGUGUAAAUAACUAAUAAAGAGCAUUAUUUCUUUGAUUGGGGACGUUUAAUGGUCUGAAACUGUUCCAGAAACCUAUUGAACUUUAGAGAGGACCACUUCUAUGCAAGGCCAACGAUUGAUCUAUGCAAACUUGAAUUCCUUUGGUUCUCAUUUCACUUUCCUCCUUAAAAGGAUUGUUCAACUCAGAGGUAACAAAAUAGUGAAACAUGUGAAAACAUUGCACAGAUCUUUUUGUUUCACAGCACAAAGGGGUCAAAGAUGUCUAUUAUCACUGGACCCUUGAGAGACCUCUUUACUCUGUUUAUGGGCAAUGUCGACAGUAUUUGUUGGGACCUUGUAUCCUGCUAGCUAGUCUAUGCCACUGCUUUGCCUGUUAUGACAGAAAAGUGUCUUCUGUGGUGUGAUCGCCGUCACUGAGGACUUAAUGCCUCAAGAUUUACAAGCACUACAAAGGGAACAUCCUCAUUGUGUGGAUUUUUUCAGAUAUUGAAGGGAAGGUGUUGAGAGAAUGAACACAAAAUUAUAUAAUGAAUCACUAAUUUCCCUGUAAAUAAUAAUAAGGCAGAGAUUCUGUGUGCCAUUGUGUUCUUUGAGAAUUGGUCUGGGCCUGUUUUUUUUUCUUAAGCACCUAUUGUUAUUUUUUACUAAUAUUGUGUUUUCCAAGUAAUAUGAGGUACGUAUAUAGAACAUCUUUCACAUUUGCAUUAUGACAAAGACAAGUCAUUGUAAAUCAAAAUAGAAAAGGAAUAUUCCUUCAUGGGAUCUGUAGAUACAUUCAUACUUUCUUUUCCUUUUACAUUACAACGACUAAUUUAACUUAAGCUGGUCUAAAUGUUUCAGAGAUGUUUCCACUAAGAAGCUUUUCUUGGGGGGAAACGCUCCAUUUAUAGUGCCAAACUACUGAACGAGGAGAAGAGUUUCUUGGAACAGGCCCCUGGCUUAUUGAAAUUGUUUUGAUUUUAUACAAAUGUUCAGAUUUUUACGAUGCUAUUCUAUGUUUGGGUUUGAAAGUCAAUCACUGGUGUGUUUUUUUUUAAGUGAUUUUUGGUUCUUUUUUGCUGCUGCACAGACUUUUGUACAAUGUGAACAAGGUAUUUUUGUACCAAUUAUAUGAACAAAAAGAAAAGAAUGAAUGCACCUUCA